GUUCCUUAGGUCUCUGUCGCCCCAACUCUUGCUCUCUUCCUGUGCCCGCCCCCUUGAAUGCGCAGAGAAGACGUGCUCUGUGCAGUGGCCAGAACCACGAAACACCUGAGAACUGGCCCACGAAACUGGUCGUGAUGAGAGAAACCAGUACGGUGCAACCCAACUCCGGCGGGAACAGCAGCUAUGGUCGGCAAGGGCAUGGAACUUGCUUGCGACCAACUCUUUUUGGAAUGCGGAGGAGCUGCUCAGAGUGCGGACGGAAAAAGAAGAGGCGCUGUGUGAAGUCACGCAGCCCAUGCAAGUUCAGCAAACGGCGGUGGCAUCUCCCCAAACCACCCCAGCAGGAAGGACGGCCUCAGCGACUUCAUGGUGAUGGCACGCACGGCAGAGAGCCUCUUCUCAAAGCUACACCACCCGGCGAAUUCGCAACAUCUGGCCUGUUGCCUAUGAAGAGGUUCAGGUUGAGUGCAUCUCCGGCGAUUGGUCUGGUGGGAAUGCAGGAGAACACCUUCCUUACCGACUUCUUCGGUUGCGUUGGGUUUCUCCCGCUGACCACCCAGAGGCACAUUCGCGAGACAAUGGUGAAGAUGAUGGCAUCCCCGGCCUCUCGAAGACAGUCAGCGGCCGGGACCGACUGUGACGAGGCCCCGGAACUCAAUCUUCUUAUGGGCCCGUCGACCUGCAUCUUCUGGUGUGCCGUUGCCCUGGGGGCGCUCGUGUCGAAGUAUUCUGAACUGGCACAGAAAGCGCUGGCAACGAGCUACCCGGGACCCGCAGAUCUGGAGGUCGGAAAGGCGUGGGCAAUUCUGGCCUACCUGUACGGCUUCAUGGGAAACUUGGGGUUCGCCGAGAUUGUCAAGCACAAAGAUAUCGCCAACUCGUCCUGCGGACAGUGGGAGAAGAAGUCGUUUUGCGCCCAAGAGCAAGCUACUCCGCAGUUGAAGGAAGCUGCCACGGAAGUCGAGUUAUAUCAAUAUGUCGCUCAGUCAUUCAGAGCAUUUGAGCAAACUGUCCACGUAACAGCGAGCAUCAAUAGCGCGACGGCGGGCGAUCACCUAUGCCAGGCCGCGUCUGAUGGCAGGUCAGACACACUCCUCCAGUCCGACCACGUUCUUCUACCUGGGGAGGUAGCGAACGCUAUGGGGACGGUGUCAGCAAGUGGGAACUUUCUCGACUUUGAGCCGCUUGAAGAAGCAGUAGAUCGACCAAGCGUUCGUGGGGGCAUCGGCAGCCUCCAAGUUAACUCAACACUUGUCUUCAAGAAGGCAGCAAAGGGCGAUGUUCAUGGCGCCCUGAAGAGAGUAGGCCGCUGUGUCCAGAUUUUCGAGCGUUACCCUGGCUUGUGUCGCAGCAUGAUCGGAUGCCACCUGGCACAUAUGAUGCUGGUAUCUCUAGCAGCGAUUGGUGACCCCAGAGCUCAGGCGAUGUACGACAGGUUGCGGGAGUCCUACAAUUCGUGUCGCCCUUCUGGCUCGCGGCUCGUACCCCCUUUGGAGGAGUGGCACGGAGUGGUUGCCUUCUGCGACGAUGUCUAUUGCAGGGCGAUCGACCUCUUUGCCCACAAGCUCAAGGCUUUCUCGGCGCCACCCGUUAACAGCAUCGACGCCCCCGUGGAAACGGAGGGCGCGGAUGCGGACAGAGCCAAGGGCGAGACCGCUCACGAAGGAAUAAGUGACGGGGGCGGGGUGGAGGAGGAUACGGAGGACGAUAGCAUUGGCGCAGAGGAUUGGCUGGAUGUGACCUAUUCCAUGUUAGAUGCACUUUGA